AUGGUGUUAUUCUUCGAGUCGAGUGCUAUACAGCCACACAUAGAAAUAUACAUGGGCAAAGACAAGAUCGAGAAUGAGGAACUGAUUAAACAUGGAUUCGACAACGAUGUUUGGUUCCACGUCGAUAAAUUGAGCUCUGCUCACGUCUAUAUGCGCCUGAGGGAUGAUAUGUCCUGGGAUAACAUACCCCAUCCAGCACUGUACGACUGCUCACAGCUAGUAAAAGCAAAUAGCAUACAGGGAAAUAAGAAGGACAAUGUUAUCAUUAUUUAUACACCUUGGUCUAAUCUCAAGAAAACAGGCGAUAUGGAAGACGGGGCUGUUGCAUUCCAUAAUGACAGAUUGGUUAAGAGAGUUCACGUACCUACCCGUGAAAAUGCAAUCGUUAACCGCAUCAACAAGUCAAAGACAGAGCGUGAAGUCGAUUUCAUCGCUGAGAAGAUUGAGCGUGAGAGGAAGCUUGGGCAGAUGAAGAAGAAGGAUGCGAUAGUCAGGAAACAAGCCACUGAUCAAGCAAAGAAGGAAAUGCAGGAUGAAAAAGCAGCUCGCAGCUACGACAAGAUGUGGUCGGCGGAGGACGAAGAGGAAGCAGCAGCUACACAGCCACGUGGAAUGGAAAUGGAAGAUGAUUUCAUGUAA